AUGUUCUCCUGCCCCAGCAUCACUCAGCUGCACCGAGAGAAGGAAAACCUCACCCAGCAGCUGAUGUCCUGCCCAGACUCACCACCAGGCCCACCUGACACUCUUUGGGGGCAGACUCUUGACAAAAGGGAGAAGUGUCCAGCGCUGUGGAUUGCCAACCAGGACAGGUCCUACCUGUUCUCUCCUGAAAGAGGAACUUGGGACCAGUGUAAAUCCUACUGCAUUUCUCAAUCUGCCAAACUGCUCAAGCUGGAGAGUAAAGAAGAGUUGGAUUUCAUAACUGCAACAUCUUUCCAAUACUCUGAACAUCGUGCAGCCGGUGCAUACUACUACCCAUUCUGGACUGGAUUGUCAUACAACUCUGGAAAGGGGAUGUGGGUCUGGACAGAUAAUUCAGCUCUCUUCUCUAACCUGUUUGUGCUCUCAGACCCCAAUCCUCAGAAUUAUGAAGGUGGAGAUUGUGCAUAUUUGCAAGGUGAUAAAGUGAAACCUGGAGACUGUGGAGAACUUCGAUUCUGCCUUUGUGAGAAACAGAAGGAAAUACAGGGGAAAAAUAAACUUCAUUGACCCACCGGAUAGAUGAUGUGGAUGAUCAAAGAGACUGCUGCAGCUGGAAGCAGAGCAUGGAGCUCAGGAAAGAAAAUAGAUGCAACACCAGAAAUCCCCCGAUCUUGUACUGCUGUUUGCAGAGAGAACAGCAGGGUCGUAAAAUGCAUCUUGGGUCAGUGUAGCUGCUUUCCUUGGCUGUCUGCUCAGCCACAUAGGUUCAGACAAGCUUGAACCCCUUCUGCCGCCUCUUUCAGUUCAUGCCUGUGCUAGUUGACAGCAAUCUCUUUCCCCUAAAGCCAAACUGCAUCUUCUGGAGCCAGCAGAGAGUGGACACUUCUACCCUCAUUACAUCCAUGCUUCUUCUUUUCUUCACCCUGUGAUGGACUUUCAUGGUAGUUUAGCAACCCCACAGGCAAACAAGAUGUUCUAGGAAUUAAUGGUGUGCAUAGCCUGGGGGGUGGAGGGGGCACGCAUCAUAGGUCCGUGAAAUGAGAGAUGGAGAAACCCCCAUUAUCUUCCAGUGAUUGCUCAUAGGAAGAGAUGCCUCCUGUUGUGUAUGAGGCAGGAUAUGCUCCUGCACAAGAGCAGGAGCCCUAAAGGCUGGUGUUUUCACCACUACCCCAGGGAGGCUCCCUGUCCUCUAUCUGCUACAGGGAUAUCACCUUGGUUCUCAAAAUAA